UGUUGCCAAGGACACGCCCGAUGUUCGUCCAGAAGGACCUGCGGAAGAUCCCCGCCAUCAUGGUGGACGAGAACGACACGCGCGAGGAGCUGCGACUUGGGCGCCGGUCCGCCGAGUUUCUCGGCAACCUCAAGGUGCUCUGCUCGCUCGACAACCUCCCGGCCUUUGGCAACCUCCGCCGCCUCUCGCUUUAUGACAACCAGCUGCACAGCGUCGACCGCAUCGGUAUCCUCGCCAACACGCCGCUGGCCGUGCUGGAUCUCGGCUACAACCACCUGACGUCGCUGCCAGCCGAAAUUGGCGCGCUCAAGAACCUCGAGGAGCUUUGGGUCACCAACAAUGACCUCGAGACGAUUCCCGAUUCGAUUCUCGCGCUGCCCAAGCUGCGCAUGCUGCAACUCUCCAACAACAAGCUCACGCACGUGCCCGCCAACUUGGGCGACGCAUCGAGCCUGCAAGUGCUCUCACUCGACAACAAUAAGCUCACGAGUCUACCGGCGUCGGUCGGACAACUGCAAGCGCUUCGCGACUUGAACCUCCGCGGCAAUCAACUCACUGAACUGCCCGACGCAGUGGGGUCCCUGCAGAGCCUCGAGAUUCUCUCGGUCAACUCGAACCAGCUCACGCGCUUGCCGGCGUGUUUGGAUAACCUCACGCAACUCCAAGCGCUCUACGCCAACGGGAAUGCCCUCACGGCAUGGCCCGAAGAGGCGUUUGUGCACCGCGACGCCAGCCUCGGGAUGCGCGUGAACUUUGCCGCAACCAAGAUCCUCGAGAUCCCCGCAGCGAUCCAGUCGUCGUGGGUCGUCCUCACACACUUGCACAUCACCGACGCCGACACCAAGAUCGACGGCAAGCACGUCGUCAUUCUCAGCGGCACGCCAUACGCGGCGGCGUUGAAAACAUAAGGAACCCUGCGAGGUCUCGACGUCGUAUCAACCGCGCUCGAUUGGCCACGACAUGUAUCCCACGAGGCAAGCGCAAAUCAGAUCGUAGUACGAUGCAUAAGCUCUUAGGCCGCCC